UUGUUUUUGGAUUUAUGUAAUUGAUGGAGAUAAUCUGCUCAGGAGAACGAAUGUAAAACCCAAAUUCAACUUUCUGCUUAUCUGGAAUAGAGCUAUAUAUUUUUGACAUGUAGAAACUUUGGACAAGAUACAGUUUCUUGAGAGAAAAAGGAACAUCUCAAGAUGUACCGCUCACACAGUAUACUUUAUCUGGGAAUGUUGAUCAUGGCGGUGGCUGGUAACCAGGUGCUGGAGGACUGUCUGAACUCCAAAAAGGAAUACACCAUGAAUGUUGUGCUGCUGGAAGACACACUUACAGGAGUGAAAGGGGCGGUGGAAGAAGCCAUCAAAGAGGACAACCUCUUGAACAUUGAGCAAGGUAUAGACUUCACUCUGAAGGCUACCUACACUGGGUUCAACACCACUGUGUACAACCGGCAGGGCUGUGCCAGCAGCACCUGUGAGGGAGUGGCAAUACUCAAGAUGUUGCAUCGUGAAAAUAAAGUUGGAUGUGUCAUGCUGGGGCCUUCCUGCACUUUUGCCACCUUCCAGUUAGUAGAUGAUGAUAUUGGCCUGAGCCUGAGCAUUCCCAUCAUCUCUGCCGGGAGCUUUGGUCUCUCUUGUGACUACAAGCCCAAACUGACCCGAAUACUGCCUCCGGCACGCAAGAUCUCAGACUUUCUCCUCAACUUUAUGAAGGAACAACUGCCAUUUAAAGAUAAAUGGAAUCAGGUCUAUGUCUACAAGAAUUUCACAAGUGCAACUGCAUCUGAAGACUGUUUCUGGUACAUCAAUGCACUGGAAGCACCCUCUUCCAGGUUUGCCUCAAGCACAGAUAGAGAGAUGCUGCGUUCAGAGGUAGAGCUAUUCCACAUCCUCAAGCCUACUGCAAAAAGACACAGCAACAUUAUCAUCCUAUGCGGGAGUGUCAAUGACAUUGUUUUCAUCAAGAGGAAUGCGACCAACAUCGACAAGGACAUCAUGUUCAUUCUCCUCGAUAUCAACAACCCUGAUUUUUAUUUCAACAAAACAUCCGUUAAGGAUAUGUGGGAUGUCGUGGUGGUCACACUUCCACAGAGCAACUUUAGCAUUGGAUCAAACUCAUCAUACAACGGCACGAUUAAUGACUAUGUGGCUGGAUAUCAUGACGGGGCUCUGCUGUUUGGCCAAACGCUCAGGAACUGGCGACUCAGUCAGCGACGUAACACAGGAUCCACUGAAGUGCCUCUGAGUUAUAACCCGUUUGGAAAUGCAACCAUUUACGGUUGGGGAGGAUACUAUCAGCUCGAUGAGUAUGGUGACAGAGAUGCUAACUUCUCUUUGCUUUACACAUCAACUAUAACUGGCAAGUAUGAAACCCUGUUAGUGUUUGACACAGCCAAAAAUAAAUCUACAGUGGAGGAUGAAAACCCCGCUCUGCCCUGGACACAUAAUCGCCUCCCUGAUGAUGUGCCAGAAAAUUUAGAUGGCUUUGAUACACAGAGUAUUAUUGUCAUCGUUCUGAGUCUCAGCGUUGUCGUGGUGACGGCCAUUGCUCUCAUCUUCUACAGGCAGAACAGGAAAGAGCGCGAUAUGCAGAAAAAGUGGUCCCACAUUGACCCGCACCUGAUUGCCCCGCUGGAUGAGAAGGAGGUCUCUCUGAAGAUCGAUGAUGAUAAGAGGAAGAACAGCACAUACUUCAAUCAUCGAGGUCGCUAUGACAAGAAGCCGGUCAUCUUGAAGGAGCUCAAGCAAACAGACGGAGACUUCACAGAGGACCAGAGGAUCGAGCUUAAUAUUCUGAUGCGCAUCGAUUACUACAACCUGACCAAGUUCUACGGCACAGUGAAGUUUGAGUACGGUGUGUUUGGCGUGUUUGAACUGUGUCAGAGGGGCUCUCUCAGGUACAUCUUGAAUGACAGGAUCUCCUACCCAGAAGAAACCUUCAUGGACAUGGAGUUUAAGAUAUCAGUCAUGUAUGACAUAGCAAAGGGCAUGUCUUAUCUCCACUCCAGUAAUAUUGCGGUUCACGGUCGCCUCAAGUCCACCAACUGUGUGGUCGACAACCGCAUGGUGGUCAAGAUCACUGACUUUGGCUGCCACACCAUCCUGAGACCAGGCAGAGACGUGUGGACCGCCCCGGAGCAUCUCCGUGUAGAUGGAGUAUCUCAAAAAGGCGAUGUCUACAGCUAUGCCAUCAUUGCCCAUGAAAUCAUUAUGAGGCAGGCCCCGUUCUAUACACAGAGCUGCUCUGACCUCAGGGAAAAGCUCUACAGGGUGCAGUUUCCCAGUCAGGGAGUCAUCUUCAGACCUGACCUCUUCGAAAGUGCAUCGGAGAGAGAAAUAGAGUUGUACACGCUGAUAAAGAACUGCUGGGAUGAAGAUCCAGAAAGAAGGCCAGAUUUUAAGAGAAUAGAGUUAAGUCUGGGUAAGAUUUUCAGUAACCUGCACAAUCAAGACACUGAAACAUACAUGGACAACCUGAUCCGUCGCCUGCAGAUGUACUCCAGGACUCUGGAGCGUCUGGUGGAGGAGAGAACCGCUUUAUACAAAGCUGAGAGGGACAGAGCUGAUCACCUCAACUUUAUGCUACUUCCUGGUCCGGUGGUGCGUUCACUGAAGGAGACUGGCAGAGUGAAGCCAGAGCUGUUUGAGGAGGUGACCAUCUAUUUCAGCGACAUUGUGGGAUUCACCACUCUCUGCUAUUACAGCACCCCCAUGGAGGUGGUCGACAUGCUCAACAACAUCUACAAGAACUUUGACAGCAUCCUUGAUCAUCAUGAUGUCUACAAGGUCGAAACGAUAGGGGAUGCAUAUAUGGUUGCCUCAGGUUUGCCCAAACGCAACGGUGACAGGCAUGCAGUGGACAUCGCCCACAUGGCGCUGGACAUCCUGGCAUUUGUAGGGACCUUUGAGCUGCAGCAUCUGCCUGGCAUCCCUCUGUGGAUCCGUAUUGGCGUGCAUUCAGGACCGUGUGCAGCAGGAGUGGUGGGGAACAAGAUGCCUCGCUACUGUCUUUUUGGAGAUACAGUCAACACCACCUCACGCAUGGAGUCCACGGGCCUGCCUCUAAGAAUUCAUGUCAGUCAGUCCACCAUCAACAUCCUGCAGAGGACAGAUUGCAAGUUUGAGUAUGAAAAGAGAGGAGAGACAUACCUAAAGGGUAAAGGCAAAGAGAUGACAUACUGGUUAACAGGGGUGACCGGGGGGAAAUACAACCUGCCAACACCACCAACAGCGGAGAAUUUCCAGCGGCUCCAGCAAGACCUGGCUGAGAUGAUCGUGUCCAGUCUAGAGAAGCGUGGAAAUGGGAGCGACAGCUUCAGAAAGAGGAAGACGUUGUCGACCAAAAUCCGUCAGAGCGACAACAACAGCAGCCUGCAAAGGGACAGCCCGCCAGAGUACUUCCACCUGGCUGUCACUGACGACCCCAGUACCUACCUGUGAUCACAGAGGAGCUUUUCAUACCAUAUCAGCCGAGAAUUAAUCUGUGCCUGUCUGAAUAGGCACAGCUGGAGUUCUUUGGACAGUAGUUGGAGUGAAAGUGGAGCAACAAUGAAACAAGGAGGAAUAUUAAAAGUGAGACUCCUGUGUUGAUGACAGGAACCUGAUGUCCAUUCUUCACUCACUCCCCCUCAUGAAAUACCGUCCCUCUGUCACAUAGAGUAGAAUGAACAAUUUGCACUUUUAAUUUGUCUAGAAUCCAACUUUAGAUGUUGUUAUAUAUCAUUCAAAAUGUUUCAUGGACUUCGUUGAGGUAGAAAAAGUGUUAAUAAUAAGCCCUUCUCCUUUUAAACCCCAACAUUUACUGCUAUAGAAAGUGGAAUAUUUUCAACUGAAAGUCAGUAUGCUGCUGUGCUACAAUGUAAAUUAUUACAUUUAACUUGUUAAUAAUGGGAAUUAAAAAAUGUACUUGACCAAACA